CCUGCAACUAAAUAGGUUGAACCUGCGCACUGUCGACUUCCUUCAAUAACUUCCUGUUCAAUUGUCAAGAUGUUGGACGUUGAACAGAUGACCCGCUAUGUGUCUCCCAUCAAUCCUGCCACCUUCCCACACCUUACUGUGGUGCUGCUAGGAAUAGGACUUUUCUUCAUGGCAUGGUUUUUUGUAUAUGAAGCUACUUCAACAAAAUACACCAGAGAUUUAUAUAAGGAAAUCCUAGUUUCAUUAGUUGCAUCCAUUUUUAUGGGAUUUGGUAUUUUAUUUCUCCUACUGUGGGUUGGGAUAUAUGUAUAGCAGGCAUCAAUUGCAGGAAAAAAGCUGCCAACAAAGAGGGAGGCAAGAAACCUACCAUUCCAAAUAAAGGAGGAUCUACCUGAGUAACCAGCUUAGCUGGGGGGGAGAGUGGCAAUAUGGCCUGUAUGGAAAUGUAUAUCAUGAACUACUUUAAAAACAAAUAUUUUAAAGAGACUAAAAGAUUGUUGCAAAUGUACAAGAAAAAUUUGUUUUAUAUUAAAAAAAGCUUUAAAGUGAUUUCUUGAAAAUGUAUAAAAGAAAUCUUAUUCUAGUAA